GCUGGCGUCUCCUCGCGAACGGGCGGCGGGACGGCGGCCGCAGCCCGGGGCAGGCAGGCGGACAGGCACGGAGCCCGGCCCGGCGGGAUCACCCGCAGUAGGACGACCCAGCGCGCUGCGGUGCGGCGGCGCCGACUGAGACCCGGAGCUGUCCACCUUGGCGGAGCGCGUCCCUGGGUCUGGACAUCCAUCUCUACUAGGCCUGGCCAUGGCAUUGUGCCUGAAGCAGGUAUUUGCCAAGGACAAGACUUUCCGGCCCCGGAAGCGCUUUGAGCCCGGCACACAACGCUUCGAGCUCUAUAAGAAGGCACAAGCCUCACUCAAGUCUGGCCUGGACCUUCGCAGUGUGGUGAGGCUGCCACCUGGCGAAAGCAUCGAUGACUGGAUCGCUGUGCACGUGGUGGACUUCUUCAACCGCAUCAACCUCAUCUAUGGCACCAUGGCUGAGCACUGCAGUGAGACCAGCUGCCCAGUCAUGGCGGGCGGGCCUCGCUAUGAGUACCGCUGGCAGGAUGAGCGCCAGUACCGAAGGCCUGCCAAGCUCUCGGCACCCCGUUAUAUGGCAUUGCUCAUGGACUGGAUCGAGGGUCUCAUCAAUGAUGAGGAUGUCUUUCCGACACGUGUUGGAGUUCCCUUCCCCAAGAACUUCCAGCAGGUCUGCACCAAGAUCCUGACCCGACUCUUCCGAGUCUUUGUCCACGUCUACAUCCACCACUUCGACAGCAUCCUCAGCAUGGGGGCGGAGGCACAUGUCAACACCUGCUAUAAGCACUUUUACUACUUCAUCCAGGAGUUCAGCCUGGUGGACCAGAGGGAGCUAGAGCCACUGAGGGAGAUGACAGAACGGAUCUGCCACUGAGUCCAGAUCUAGAUGUUGUUGCCUAUCAAGUGGACCAUCGGACACAGUGUAGCUGGGAGAGGGGACCCUUAGGAGCCUGUCGGUAGAGCAAUCUGAAGGCCUGUAGGACCCCUCUACAUACCCAACACCUCUGGACUUCUCAGAAGUCCGCCUGGAAAAGGGAGGGCUUCAAGUGGGCAACUGAAGCAAAGGAGUUUAACCCCUCAUAUUCAGUCCAAGAGUAGGGUAGGCUUCCAGGUUCCUGCUCUGAUAUUUCACCCUUUCACCCUAUCAUGGUGGGUUCCAAAUCCAUUUGGGGAAUAUGGAUGUGGCUGAAGUGGUGGCAAGAAAAUUAUGAGAGUGAGUUCCUGUAUCUGAGCAAGCGGGUAGGUGUGUGUGUGUGUGCAAGGGGUGGGGUUUGAUUGUAGGAUUUGUCUGAGAGAUUCAGUUUCCUUUCUGGCACAUAGUAGGCCCUCAUGUUGGAUGGAUGGGUGGGUGGAUGGGUGAACAGACAGACAGGAUGAUCUAAGUCCGUGACCCUUUUAGGAGUAAUGACAGCUUUGUUCCCCAGCUCAACUCUGACCAUAUGUACAAGUGUACAGAAUGUGCGUGUAGAUGGAGUGGUAUCAUCUAGAGCACCAUUUUCUAUCUACAUGAGUCCCAUGCAGUUGAGUGGAGGCCAGAAAGUUCAGCUUUGCCCUGAAUUCCUUAAACCCUGACCUACCACCAUGUGGGCUGAUUUGCUCAGCCAAGGAUGUCCACGAAUUGUUAUGUCACUCAUCUCUCUGCUUCCAGGAGGGUCUGGUAACAGUAAGCCUCUAAGCUACUGUGGUGGCACGUACCUUUAAUCCCAGCAUUCAUGAGGCAGAGGCACGAGGAUCUCUGAGUUCUAGGCCAGCCUGGUCUACAUAGUGAGUUACAGGACAACUAGGGCUACACAGAAAAACCCUGUCUCAAAAGACAAAACACAAAACAGCAAAGCAAAACAGUAAGCCUCUUGAGGAUUGAGAUUGAUCCCUCAUGUCCACAAAGGUCCCUGGAUCUUCAGUUGGGACUUGAGAUACUUCAAGCUCAUACCCAGAACCUACUGACCUGACUGAAGGCCAGCACAACAUAGCCCUCUAAAACAGAGCCACUGGAACUUGAAUUGGGGCAUCUGGAAUCUUUUCUGCUGUCUCAGGACACGGAGGAUCAUGUAGCUGGUGGAGACCUUCCCAUCCUGAAAACACCUGCCUCCACCCAACCAUCCCAAGACAUCCCAGCUACUUGGAUCUCCAAGCAAGGCUAUCCAGAGAGGUGGGGAUGCUCUUUCAAUAGCCAUUACUUAGUACCUCCAUACUGAGCCCUAUGCACAGGCUCACAGGUAGGGAAACCGUGAUCCUUCCAGAGCCUUAAUCCUGAGAGGUCAGGAUGGAGAACAAGAAGUAACACAAGAAUCCUGUCUGUCUCUCAGUGUACAAAGGAGGAAACUGAAACCCGGAAGCUUUUUUAAAGCUGGUAUAAAAGCCAAGGCUCUUGACUUCUACUCUAGGGUCUGCUGAUGUGACACCGAGAUGCUUGUGGAAAUAGGGUUUGUCAAAUACUCUCCAGGACACAACUGUUCCUGUUUUGAACAAGGAUUUCUAGCCUGAUGCCAGAGAGCCCCACCACCCCUGGGUUGGCUCAAGUUGGCUACUGAGACAAACCUCCAAAACUAGGCUUAUCGUUAUGGUCUAGGAACUGCCUGCCCUCCAAAGAAACAGCAGGGCUCUCCAGAUCAGCAGGACCUGGAACUUUCUUUCUCUGCCAGCUCCAGAAAAGUUCCAAAGAAAGCAUGCUGUCCUACAGCUUUGGCAGUGGUUGGGAAGUAAGGAAAGUGGGUAAUUCCCCAUAGUGGGCUACAGGACAUAUUAAGUCUAGGCUGUGAACAGGGAUGAUGGGAGUGGGGAGGGAAAUAUAUUUUUGUGAAAAA